AAAAUGGAACGACUGUUUUUUCAGAGUAGCGGCGGAAUGUUUUAGCAGAAGGACCACGCGCAACUAAACGUUAGCUAGUUGUUCUCAUGUUACCAUAGCUAAACAUCUUUUUCAUAUUUGACUCUUUGCUAAUUUCAUCCAGAGGUUGAGACUUUCGUGGUGACUAUGGGAGUACCGAAAUUUUACCGAUGGAUUUCAGAGCGCUAUCCUUGUCUCAGUGAAGUUGUCAAGGAACAUCAGAUUCCAGAGUUUGACAAUCUCUAUCUGGACAUGAAUGGGAUUAUCCAUCAGUGUUCCCACCCGAACGACGAGGAUGUCCACUUUCGCAUUUCCGAGGAAAAGAUUUUUGCUGACAUCUUCCAUUACCUGGAGGUGCUCUUCAGGAUCAUCAAGCCUCGCAAGGUCUUCUUCAUGGCAGUGGAUGGCGUGGCACCAAGGGCAAAGAUGAACCAGCAGCGAGGACGGAGAUUCAGGUCCGCCAAAGAAGCAGAGGACAAGAUAAAAAAAGCUCUGGAAAAAGGAGAGGUGCUUCCCACAGAGGCUCGCUUCGACUCCAACUGUAUUACUCCUGGCACUGACUUCAUGGCAAGACUCCAGGAGCAGCUCAAGUAUUUUGUCCACAACAAGCUCUCCACCGACAAGCUAUGGCAGAAUGUGAACGUAUACCUGUCUGGCCAUGAGACUCCAGGGGAAGGAGAACACAAGAUCAUGGAGUUUAUUCGCUCUGAGAACUCCAAGCCGAGUCACGACCCAAACACCCGACACUGCCUAUAUGGCCUGGAUGCUGACCUGAUCAUGUUGGGUUUGACCAGCCAUGAGCCAAAUUUCUCCCUGCUCAGAGAAGAGGUCCGCUUUGGAGGAAAGAAAAACCAGAAAAGGAUAUCGGCUCCAGAGGAGACUACUUUUCACUUGCUUCACUUGUCUCUGAUGAGGGAGUACAUAGACUAUGAGUUCUCUGGGCUCAGGAAUCAGAUUGGUUCUGAUUAUGACUUGGAGCGAAUAAUAGACGACUGGAUUCUAAUGGGUUUCCUAGUGGGAAACGAUUUCAUCCCUCACCUUCCUAAUCUUCACAUCAGUCAUGAUGCUCUGCCGUUGCUGUACAAGACGUACAUCAGUGCUCUGCCCACCAUGGGGGGUUAUCUGAAUGAGAACGGCCAUCUAAAUCUCAGAAACUUUGAGAAAUACAUUGAGAAGCUUGCUGAGUUCGACCGGGAACAUUUCAGUGAGAUCUUUGUGGACUUGAAGUGGUUUGAGAGUAAAGUUGGAAACAAGUAUCUGAAUGAGGCGGCCGGACUGGCAGCAGAAAGGGAGGCUGCCAUCAAAGAAACCAACAAGAAUGAGGAUUCUACCUCAUCAGAAAGAGUGACUGGAGAAGGAAAAGGAGGAGUAGGCGACGAUGAGGAAGAGGAGGACGAUAUGUUUGAAACUGAGUUCAGACAAUACAAGCGCACCUACUAUAUGACCAAGAUGGGCGUAGAUGUGGUGUCUGAUGACUUUCUAGCCAAGCAGGCCAAGUGUUAUGUGGAAGGUAUACAGUGGAUUCUCCACUACUACUACCAUGGCGUUCAGUCCUGGAGCUGGUACUACCCCUACCACUACGCUCCCUUCCUGUCUGACAUCAGGAACAUAUCGGAGUUAAAGUUGACCUUUGACCUGGAGAAACCCUUCAUGCCCUUCCAGCAACUGUUGGCAGUCCUGCCUGCUGCCAGCAAGGAGCUGCUGCCUGAGAGUUACAGGCACCUGAUGACCAGUGAAAAUUCACCCAUUAUUGAGUACUACCCUGUUGAUUUUAAAACGGACCUCAAUGGCAAGCAGCAGGAAUGGGAGGCUGUGGUUCUUAUUCCCUUCAUAGAUGAGAGGUGCUUACUAGCAGCCAUGGAGCCCUAUAAUCUCAAGAUGACCAAAGAAGAGAAGGCCAGGAAUCGUCACACAGAGUGUGCAGUCUACUCAUAUGACUCUGAAAAAGACUUCAUGUACUACUCCCCCCUGCCUCAGCUGUUCCCCGACAUCGUCCACUGCCAUGUCAGGAAAGCAGACAUCCCUAUGGAUGCCUGGCAUGUACAAUUGGACCACGUCAGCAGACGCCUCGACCGCUCAUCUCUGUACUUCUGUGGCUUCCCCACACUGCAACACAUCAAACACAAGUUCUUUAAGAAGAAGAGUGGGGUGGUUGUGUUCCAGCAGAGCAGCAGAGGGGAGAACAUGAUGCUGGAGAUUCUCCCGAGCCAGGACGCAGAGGCAGGAUGUGAUGAUGUUGCUGCACAAGUACUGGGGAAGUCGGUGUUCGUCAACUGGCCACAUCUAGAGGAAGCUCGCAUCAUUGCAGUGUCAGAUGGCGACGUCAAGUUUUGUCUAGAGGAACCACCUGGUGUCCAAAGAGUGUAUGACAGGCCCUCCACUCCUCCCCCCACCAAAGUCACCUGCCUGUCUGACAAGGAGCAGAAGGACUGGGUGAAGGAUGUCCAGGGACUCACUGAACAUUUCUUGAAGAGGAAAGGCAUCAUGGUGAAUGAGACAUCAGUGGUUUUGUACGGCCAGUUGCUGACAGGAAGGAAAUACGUCCCCAAAGCCAACGGGGUGGUGGAACUUGAGAAACAGUGGGCCAAGCAGGUCCUGCCGUUUGCCUACCAGACUGUGGUUAAGGACAUCAAGGCCUUUUACUCGUGUCUGACCUGCUUUAAGAGCUUAGACGAGCUCUUUCCUCCAGCAACCACUGUCUUCAUGGUGGGGAACCCUUACUACGGUGCCGUGGGCGAGGUGCAAGACUCCAGCGAUGUCAUUAAAGACGGCCGGGUACGAGUGGUCUUCAAUGUGCCGCAUGAACCACAGCUGGAGCCCUUAAUCCAGAAUCAGCAUAAGUACUGUGUGAAGUACAGCCCCGGGUACGUCCUGGCAUCUCGUCUCGGCAUCACCAGCUACCUUGUCUCCCGCUUCUCAGGAAGCAUCUUCAUUGGUAGAGGCUCUAAGAGGAAUCCCUGUGGAGAGCAAAAAGCUAACGUCGGCCUGAACCUCAAGUUCAACAAGAAGAAUGAGGAGGUUCCUGGAUACACCAAGAGAACUGAAAAGGAGUGGCUCUACUCUGCUGCUGUGGAGGAACUACUGGCCGAAUACCUGGACAGAUUUUCUGAGGUGUUCAACUCAGUGUCAAGAAACGGUCAUGAUGAUGUUUUCUAUGAAGAUGACAUUUGGCCUGAAGAGGACCAGAAUGGGGCGGAGAGGGUUGCUGAAAUCACCUCAUGGUUGAAAAGUCACCCAGUGAGCUCCAUCGGCAGGACUUCAUGUGACCUACAGGUGCUGGACUCUGCCAUCGUGGAGCGGAUCGAGGAAGCAGUGGAGAAAGCCAAGGUGAAGAAGAGCACCAAGAAAGUCCGUGUGACAGUCAAGCCUCAUCUCCUCUUUAGGCCCUUGGAGCAGCAGCAGGGAGUGAUUCCGGACCCGGAUGCAGAGUAUCGCCUGUUUGACAGAGUCAUCAACACCAGGGAGGGCUUCACCGUCCCACUGGGACUCAGAGGAACCGUCAUCGGCAUUAAAGGAGCGGAUCGUGAGGCAGAGGUUCUCUAUGAAGUGCUUUUUGAUGAAGAAUUUGCUGGAGGUCUCUCUAUCAGGUGUACUUCACCUCGUUGUUACCGCCUCCCUCCCUGCGCUCUCAUUAACUUUACCCACGGAACGCGAGUGGAUCAAACCUCCCACAAACUCACCGCCAUCGUCAAACCUCAGCCCGCCACAGCCGCAAACUUCAACUCACAUCGCCAGUUGUCCGGCCUGAACCACUCUCCACGUUCACCCUUUAUACCCACACAGCAUAACAAUAAACAUGGUAUGGGGAAGGCAGCCUCCCAGGGCAACAGGAACUCUCCCUCUAAGGGUCCUAUCCUGAAACAACAGUCCAAGGAGUACAGUAAUGUGUGGCAGUCUCUGCAGAACUCUGGUCCUCCUCUCAACCCUCCUGCUCACUGGCACAAUGAAGGACUUUCCCAACAGCGGAAGAACCAGCACUCUAACGAAGCUGCCCCAGUUGGUGGCAUCAGACUGUUGAAGAAAAAUGAAGAUGUCAACUCCCUUUUCCCCCCACAGAACACAGCCAAUAAGGCUACGACUGAGUUUGAGGACCUGAUAGCCGGUCUCAAGAUCUCCACGGGUAACCAGCAGACCCCGCCCCCUCCAGCUCCUCCACAAGCACCCGCCAGCCAGUCAGAUGGCCCGUUGUCUCCGCAGUCCUUCGCCAUGAAGGGAACCCUGAUGCUGAAGGAGAUGCUGAAGAUUGCCGGUGCGGGAACAGGAAGUCCCUCUUCUCAGGAGGCAGAUAGCACCGGUGGCCAGCAGCAGAACAGGAGACGAUCAUCCAAGAAACUAGCAGCAAAUAUGAACGCCCCACACGGUGAUGCAGCUGCAAUGGCGUCUCCCGCAUUGGCUGUUUCUGCUAACCUCUCCAACGCUGGGCUGACCAGUAAGGUGUCAGAGCUGACGUGUGUCUGCGUGGGGUUAGGAAUGGCACCACCCGAUUUCAGCUACAUAGGCAACAGACAGGGUCGCACAGUAGUGUGUCAGGUGAAGCUGUCCAAUGGGUUGAUGGUUCACGGUCCCCAGUGCCAAUCAGAAAAUGAUGCCAAGGAAAAAGCUGCUUUCUUUGCCCUCCAACGACUGAACUCAGUGGGAUCUGGCUUCCCCCUCCCACCCCCUCUAUACCCAGGAGUGGGGCAGAUACGACCCCCACCCUUAGGAGCCAUGGGCCCUGUCUUCAGCCAGCAAGGUGGGUUGCUGUUGCCUCACCAGGGUUUUGGCCCUGCCCCUCUGUGGGGAAUGCCGCUGCCUCCUCCCCACCAUCAAAACCAGCCGUUCUACGGAGCAGCAGGAACCUUCCCUGGUGCCGCCCGCUCCCAGCCUGCCACAACAGUGCCCAUCGGCUCACACAACCAAUUUAUUCCAUUACAGGUGACUAAGAAGCGAGUCUCGGCCAACAAGAAGAACCAGGACACUCGGGAGUUUUACAGCGCCGCCCACAUUGUGACCAGAAACGAAUCACAGAAAGCCCACAACCAGCACAGCCAAUCUCUGGCUCAGGGUGGACCCCAGGGCGGUAAAGUCGACCAGCCGCACCAAUAUGCCGCCAACAUCAACCCCUCCUCGUCCAGUCCUGGCCAAGUAGACGGCGUUGCCACGACGAAUGCAGUCCCGCACACACCCCCUCGACAAAACGUCCCAGCCACGGGCCACACCCCUGGCUCCUCCGGCAAGAGGAAGCACAGAAAGCUGGCUGUCAACUUUGAGGCAGCCAAAGUCUCUGAGUGAUGAGCUGUUGUGUGUGUGGCUGGCUCUGUGUGAGGAGAGAGAGGUGUGUUUGGUGUUUUUAAGCUGCUGUUUUAAAGCCUGACUCAGCAUCUCUGAUCAAAACCUCAUCAAUGUGAAAGUCUCUUUUCACUCUUUGCACUUGAGCAAACUAAAUAAUGCCCACUUUUACUCCAAACACAACAACACAGAAUUCCAUUGUCCCUUCGCCUCUUCUCGUGAGAUCAGAGUUAGGUCCUAACCUAAGGUAACCUGGCUAUUGUAGUUUUGCGUCCCCUCUGAGAUGUUGCCUUCUUAUGCUUGUGUGUGGCCAGUGUGAGCCUACAGUGUGUAAUUGAGUAAGGUGCAUCUGGGAUGCGGCCCUAGCUCUUUUUUUCCCUUUCUUCUUUGGGUCUAAAAUUGGUUGAUUUAGUAGAUAAAUCCCUCUACUUAACAUAAUUGAUUGAUUGAUUAAAGUCUUUGUUUCUUAGAAAGAAAAAUAAUUAUUUCCUAUGGUUGUUGAUGAGCUUGGUCGGGUUACAUAUGCAUAGUAGUAAAGAAGAUCCAGUGAAGUGAAACUGCCUUUUUAAAAGUGCAUCGUCUUCAUUAAAUAUGCCUUUUAGAGAAAAUCCAAGUGGCAAAAAAAAAAAGACAUACCAGCACGUUGAAACCAAAUAAUUAGCUUAGAGGAAAACAAAAAGAACAGGAACUAAAACCUUAACUUUUUUUUUUUUUUUUUUACAAAGUUUUCUGUCUGAGCAUUCUUACAGCCCAUAUAAUUAGAAGUCAAUGUUAUUUCUUUUAUUAUUUUUUUUUUACCUCCUACAGCUCCUCGUGUCAGUCUUAGCACUGUCCUUCUACACCUCUUUAAGAUGUUGCUUUGGAUGCUUACAGCUGAGAGGCCGGAGAGUUUUCACUGACUUGAGGAGCUGCUAUUGCCUUCGUAGACUGAGAACACAGUGCGGAUUUAUCACGCUCCUUGUCACACAGUGCGGAGAAUCCUUGGCGUUUUGGAAACCCUCUUCAAUCAAUAGAUUUUGGUUCUCAGGGACAUGUACUCUUUAUACUUUAGCCUCAGAUUUGCACUGCAGCGGCAACUGCUUCCUGCUUUUCCUCCUGAAUACUUUAGGACAUACUAAGUUAUUUAAUGUACGUCUUUUAGAAAACUAGUUUGACUGCAUGCGAUGCUGUGUUGGCCGUGUUUUUGUUCUUUAGGUUGGCGUUAGUGUAUUAAUUAUGCAUAAACAAUUGGCCUUCUGUCAUGGCUUUGCUUGUACAUACUGAUCACAGUUUCUGAAGCAUUACAUCCAUUUGUAUCGAAAUACAUCCGCUCUGUCAGGUUUGGAUCAGUGGUGUUAAUCAGGCCAACAGUGAUUGAUAUCUGUUUUAAUGUUUCCGUUUGUCAAACUUGAUGGGAAAUGAUCACAAAACAGCCUUUUCUUUCCUUUGGACUUUUUGACACCUCGCUGCAUUUUUAUAUAUUUUUUUUUUUUAUGGUUUGUUAACGACACCGCCAAAGUCAAAAGAUGAUCAAUGCACACUGCCCGCAAUCGAUCAGAAUUAUGAAACAUUGGUAUAAUAAACACACAUACACACUACACGUGAUGAUAUUGCCACUGCAGAGCAGUUUUACACCAGCAUAUAACCCAGUCAAAUUCCACUUGGUGUUCAAAUUGCCAGAAGCUUUUUUUUAUAUAUAUAUAUUUGUCCAUUUCAAUUUUAUAAACUGGACCAUGUGAGAAAGUCCUAAUUUUUAUUGUUGCAGUUUCCAAAAGCAACCUGAUACAAAGUCAGUCUUUCAGUUUUUAAUUGUACGGGGGCAGGAGAUCAUGGCUGAUUCUACACAGGUGCAACAAAAACAAUGCUCUUGCUUCCACAAAUGUAUUUUUUGAAACUGCUAAGAUUAGACACGUUUUUCUUGCGAAUAUGGGAGCUCACACAGUUUAUAGUAGUAUGUACUUUUGACAUCUUAAAUUGAAGUACAAGCCAACAAUUAGGAUCUCAUGGAUUGUCUGACGAUGCGUGACUGAUGUCACAUACAGUAGAGUUUCUUUUCGUCCAAAGUUUUCAUUUCAGUAUGACACUUGUGAUAUUCUAGUUGAGAGGUGUGUGGCGUAGGAUUGGACAACCACACACGGCUGAUAAUUGAUUAGCUUCCUUUACAACUUAAUCAACUGUCUUAAGUGCAAAGAAAAAAAAGUAAGCAUUGAUGUACAGUGAUGACAUGCAGUCCCAUAAGGGUUGAAAAAUACCAAUGUUUGUAUCUGUGUAAAUGCAGUCAAAGAGCAUUGUAACAGUGUUACGUGAUUAGUACUAAUAUAUUUAAAACAUUUAUAUCUACAUUACGUGCCCGCUAAAUUCAGUGUACUUAGUCUCUAUGAUGCUUUUUGGAACGUUCCUCCAGGUGUUGGUAGGUGGUUUUCUAAAGCUGUUCGGCUAACUUAAAUUCUGGGCUUUCUUGUUCACCUCUGUGCACAUCUGGACCUUUUCACACACACACACACGCAUAUAAAAUCUUUCCAUUUUAAAGAUCUUUUUUCCUUUUAAAGCUAUGGAUUUUAUGGAUACCCUUUUUAUAGACAGUCUUUGGGUCUUUUCUAAGCAAAUUAUUGUUUGAAUAAUGUUUGUGGUGGAGCUACAGUGAUGGAAGCAGCUGCAGCUACUUACUAGUGUAAAGUGUCUUUGUCCUUGUUUUGAGGCACACAAGCGUACAGUGUGUUUGUGAUUGCUGUUUCAAGGCUGAUAUCCUUACGCCAACCCUGGGACUCAAGUCUAUAAGGCUCUGGUGCAAUAAGGGGAGUUUUUAAAACAUUUUGGAAAUUGAAGCACACCUGUUGUAUAUCUGGGUAUUUUUUUCUUUUUCUUUUUUCAUUUUUUUUUUUUCUUGAAGAAAAAAAACUAGAGAAUUCUCAAUAUAAAGAGAAAAUGAUUUGCUAUUUUGAUCCAGGAAUGUGCUGUACAUAUCCAUUUAAUAAAGUAAAUCUUUUGUUA